UGGGAACCGACGUCAAGGGCGGAAGUGAUUGAAAGAAAGUAAAUCGUAACGUGGUCGAGUCGGGGAAUCUAGGGGAGAUCAUGUUGCGUCGGGAAGCUCGUCAGAGGCGGGAGUAUCUUUACCGUAAAGCUCAAGAAGAAAAACUCCGGACUCUCCAAGAAAAGAAAGAAAAAAUUAAAAAGGCUCUGGAUGAGAACUGCCUGAUUCCCACAGAACUUCGGAAAGAAGCCCUAGUCCUCCAGAAAGCGCUGGAGUUUGAUGAUGGAGGGGCAGAAGGAGUAACGAGUCAUGUGGAUGAUGAAUACCGCUGGGCUGGUGUGGAGGAUCCCCGUAUUAUGGUUACCACCUCCCGUGACCCCAGCUCCCGCCUCAAGAUGUUUGCCAAAGAAGUGAAGCUAGUUUUCCCUGGGGCCCAGCGAAUGAACCGAGGCAGGCAUGAGGUGGGUGCUUUGGUCCGUGCCUGCAAAGCUAACGGGGUCACCGACCUGCUGGUGGUGCAUGAGCAUAGAGGGGUGCCAGAUGGACUCAUAGUUAGCCACCUGCCUUUUGGUCCCACUGCCUACUUCACCCUCUGCAAUGUGGUCAUGCGCCAUGAUAUCCCAGACAUUGGCACCAUGUCAGAAGCCAACCCCCACCUCAUCUUUCACAAUUUCACGUCUCGUCUUGGACAGAGGGCCACUAGUAUUCUCAAGUACUUGUUUCCAGUACCUAAAGAAGACAGCAAACGAGUCAUCACCUUUGCUAACAAAGACGACUAUAUCUCCUUCAGGCACCAUGUCUACAAGAAGACUGACCAUCGGAAUGUAGAGCUCUCUGAGGUCGGGCCAAGGUUUGAAAUGAAAUUAUAUAUGAUCAAACUGGGAACGUUGGAGCAAGAGAACACCGCUGAUGUGGAGUGGCGCUGGCAUCCUUACACCCACACAGCCAAGAAGAGAAAAUUCCUCAGUGUUGAGUAGCAGUGCCUCAAAACUGCCACCUUCUCAUCAAAGAAGCAGACUGUAAUGUUGGACCUUACAUGAACUGGAUUCUUCAAGCUUGCUUCAUAAAUACAAUUUUUUCUUUCUU